GGCGGAGCCGCUGCUCGCCUGGGCCCGGGUGCCCCCCCGCCGCCGCCGCCCGGCGGUUCGCUCUGUGACUGCGGCGCCGCGCUGCCGCGGAAAGGCCCGGCGCCGCGAUGGAGGCGGCCGCGCAGGGGGAAGCCAGCAUUCAAGAUGAAGCUGUGGACAAAAGCAACUUUAAGGAGUGCAACCAGAUUGCUUUCUACAGACGUCAGAAACUUCUUCGUCCUGGAAAAUCCUUGUAUCGAGCGCUGUUGGAUACAGUCUCAUUAAGUGAUGAGAAUGUUAAAUUCCAAAUUACUCAUGAGGAGAAUAAGGUUCUUCUACAAGUGGAAAUCUACAAAAUAGAAGGCAAUAUUUUUAGGCUUAAAAUUAAUGAGGCAGCUCCUCUCAGAGCAAGAUACGAAGUUCCUGAUGUUCUUGUAAAGGAACCUGCCACCCAGAAACUCUCUAUGUCCCAGAAGGAGGAAGGUGUUUUGGUGUUGACAAGUGUUAAUGAGGACUACAAGCUUCGACUCACAGCAAACCCCUUGCAGGUUGAGCUACAGUUCAAGGAUGAGACUGUUCUGAGCAUGAAUUCCAAUGGGUUGUUAUAUUUUGAGCACCUACAACCACCUCCCAGUGAUAGAAACCCUACCACAGAAAAUGAGGAGGCAGCAGGUGAUUCCUCUAAGGAUAAUCAGGAGGAUCUAGGUCUCUGGCAAGAGAAAUUUGGCAGUUUCUUAGACAUCAAAGCUCAUGGUCCUAGUUCUGUAGGCAUGGACUUCUCUUUACACGGAUUUGACCAUCUUUAUGGAAUACCACAACAUACAGAAUCACUUCUUCUCAAAAACACAAGUGAUGGUGAUGCAUACCGGCUUUAUAAUUUGGACAUCUUUGGCCACAAGAUACACGACAAGAUAGGCAUUUAUGGUUCAGUGCCACUUCUCAUAGCACACAAACCUGACAGAACUCUGGGGAUCUUCUGGCUGAAUUCUUCGGAAACACUGGUAGAGAUUAAUACAAAGGCAGUAGCUGAGCACAUACCCACCGAAUCUGCUGCAGAUAUUUCUAAGCAGAGGGCAGUGCCUCUCACUGAUGUGCGCUGGAUGUCAGAAAGUGGAAUCAUUGAUGUUUUUCUGCUGAUGGGACCCACGGCAUUUGAUAUCUUCAAGCAGUUUGCACAACUGACAGGAACUCAAGCACUACCUCCCCUCUUUUCUCUGGGCUACCAUCAGUGCCGGUGGAAUUAUGAAGAUGAACAAGACGUCAAGGCAGUUGAUGCAGGUUUUGAUGAACAUGACAUUCCUUAUGACGUGAUAUGGCUGGACAUAGAACAUACAGAUGGCAAGAGAUAUUUCACCUGGGACAAGAAAAAAUUCCAGAACCCCAAGAGAAUGCAAGAACUUCUCAGGAAGAAAAAACGCAAGCUUGUCGUCAUUGUAGAUCCACAUAUUAAAGCUGAUCCCACGUAUACCCUGUAUUCACAGGGAAAAGAAAAGGGAUAUUUUGUGAAAGACAGGAAUGGAAAAGAUUUUGAGGGCAUCUGUUGGCCAGGUUCCUCUUACUAUCUGGAUUUCACCAAUCCUGAAGUGCGAAAAUGGUAUGCAGAUCAAUUUGCCUUCAAAACAUACAAGGGGUCCACUAAUAUCCUCUUUGUGUGGAAUGACAUGAACGAGCCAUCCGUUUUCAAAGGGGCAGAGCUAACAAUGCAGAAAGAUGCUGUGCACUACAACAACUGGGAGCAUCGGGAAUUACACAACCUCUACGGAUUCUACCAGCAAAUGGCAACUGCUGAAGGACUCAUAAAACGUUCUUCCGGAAAAGAGAGACCAUUUGUUCUCACACGAUCUUUCUUUGCUGGAUCACAAAAGUAUGGGGCAGUGUGGACCGGAGACAACACAGCAGAGUGGAGUUACUUGAAAAUCUCCAUUCCAAUGCUUCUCACCAUCAGCAUGGCAGGGAUUUCAUUCUGUGGAGCUGAUGUGGGAGGGUUCAUUGGAGAUCCAGAACCAGAAUUACUUGUUCGCUGGUAUCAGGCUGGAGCCUACCAGCCCUUCUUCAGAGGUCAUUCUAACAUGAAGAGCAAACGGCGAGAACCGUGGCUCUUUGGGGAGAAGAACACCCAGAUCAUCAGGGAAGCCAUUAGAGAGCGCUACGUCCUCCUGCCAUACUUAUACACACUGUUCUAUCGGGCACACACAGAGGCUGAACCAGUUAUGAGGCCUCUCUGGAUAGAGUUCCCAGAGAAAUUAGAAACUUUUGGAGUGGAAGAUGAAUACAUGCUAGGAAAUGCUUUGUUGGUAUAUCCAGUCACGGACAAAGAGGCCAAGGCUGUGAGUGUGCUACUUCCAGGGUUGAAGGAGGUUUGGUAUGAUUUCAGAAAAUUUAAACGAAUGGAAGAUCAAGGCACUCUGAAGAUCCCAGUAACACUGGAGAAUAUUCCCAUAUUCCAGCGAGGGGGCACUGUGAUACCUCUUAAGACUGCAGCUGGAAAGUCCACUGAAUGGAUGACAAAUAUUUCUUACGAACUCCGCGUGGCACUGAACGCAGAGGCCUGUGCAGUAGGUGAGCUCUACCUAGAUGAUGGACAUUCAUUUCAGUAUCUCCACAAAAAGCAGUUCCUGUACCGGAAAUUCACUUUUCACAAGAACAUUCUCUCUUCCAGCUGCACAGAUGAGAGCGGUCAAUACCGUACCACGUGUGUGGUCGAGCGCGUGAUAUUUAUGGGUCUUGGACAACAGCCCACUUUAGUGACAGCCUGUUCCAAGGGUGGGAAAGAAAAAGAAGUGGUUUUCACAUAUGAUACGAAGACUGCUGUACUGAUUCUGGAAAAUUUAGCCCUGAGAGUUGAUAGUGACUGGGAGAUUUGCAUCAAGUGAAACAGGACAACUUCUUCAAAUAAUUCAUUGAGAGGUGGAGGAGAAAUCAGCCUCAAAGACUUGAAGUGUUCACUUGAAUCCAAUCAAAUCAAGGAAUAUUUCCCACCCACCCAGCCCCACAGUAACAUUUCUUACAAUUUUCCUUUUAGAACAUUGAUUUAAACUUGGAUAACUCUUCUGUCUGGCAAAAUAAUAGUGCUAUGAUUGUCUGUGGAGGAAAACUAAGGAGUAUUUGUUCUAGGCUAGCUUCAAUUAGGCUUUAAGAGUACAGUCAGUCUUUACUUACACCAAAAAAAAAUCAUGAACUGAUUGUGUGAGGUUGUGGCUCAUUUGCAUGGGAUUUUAUCUAAGGAUUUAGAAAUCUCACCUUUCACAGCUUAGAGCACUUUAGGAGAGCAGAACCGCACCAGUUUGACAAACAGCAUCAGUAGAUAUACCAGAUGCUGAGAUCUGCCUGCAAAAGCUGCCUUGUAAAAAUAAGCUCAGAAAGCCACCCACCGUGGUUGCAGAUGCUUCCUAUUUCCAGUCCUUAUGAGCCUGCAGAAUUCAUCAAUCUGCAUGGGAAAGUAAACAACAGGCUAGCUGAACAAUUUGGUCACCAGGCUUUGAAGAAGUGGUGCCAGUCAGUUCAGAGUGCAGAAUUCUCUCCAAGAGAUGGCUUGGAAACUGGCUUCUGAAAAGGUGUAUGUCUAUGGCAAUGGUAGCAGUUUGGGGCAGCAGCUAGGUUCCCAUGGAAAUGUUUUCCACAGCACUGCUUCCCUCUUUGUGCCAGCGCUACUUUGAAAAUUAAUUUGUUAGGAAAGAAUUGGCCUCUUUUGAAUGAUUAAAUGUCAUUGGUUGAAGUUAGCCUGGUGAAGCAACAUCCUUCCUUGGAAAUCUGCUCCUCCAAGUCUUUGAGCUUUUGCUAAGCCGUGGCUUCCAUUACAUUUAGUUUAGCAAUUUCCUGGUCAGCUUUGGGUAUCUAGCUGAAAUUUGAGCUUAGUAGAUGGCAAUGAAAAAGGCAGAAAUUAUUUCUAUUAACACGAUAAGGAAAUAUUUUCCAUAGUGAAUUCUUAGGGAAAGAGAAGGAUAGACACAAUUUUUGUCCAUUAAAGGGAACAUGGUAGUGCAUUUGUACAUUGUCCCCUACACUUUGUAUUAAGCCCGCUCAGCGCUUGGUCAGUCAUUCCCACCUGCUGCUGUUCGUCCUCUGCAGGACAGAUUUCUGGGAAUAACAGCGUGAGAGCAAAUGGUGACAACUACGCUGUUGAGUACCAAGUGCAGCUUGUUUCCCACCAGACCCUUAGCUUCCUUCUUUUUUUAUUCUGCAGAGCUCUUUUUUGACUCUUUUUAGCAGACACUCUGAACCUCCACUCCAGGAGCUGGGAACUAGCAGCCUAGCUGCCGUGUUUAAUGAAGACAAGUUAAUCCAGGUGGAACAGUAGCAAAUAGAUCUUUUACAUCUGUGAGAAGAUAGACAAACUCUGUUUUUCAGACAGACCCUAUUUUUCUAUCAGCUUCUAAAGUUUUGAUUGAUAAUGGUUUCUUUUAUUUAAACAUGGUGGUGCUGACAGGGUGUAAUUAUUGUCUGGGGCGUUUUAAUGAAAUGUUUUAACUAAUAUUGCUAAGUUUGAAAGUGAAAUAAAGUAACAGCAAAGUGA